AAGAAGAGUAGGCUAGGAGUGAAUGGGAACUUAUGUAUUCAAGCAUUUGUUCCGUCGAACUGUUUUAGGGGAGCACCGGGGCGGCACUGCGGCGGACUUUUUGAUUUCACAUUUGUUCAGCGCUGCCAUGGGCGCUGCGCAACAGAAACACGAUGGAUGUUUACACUUAGCAACCAAAAUAAAUAAGUCUACGGCGACGCUUGUUUUCGCCAAACCACUUUCCUUACCUUUGAGUGUUAACUAGUUUAUAAACUCGUGUCGAGAGUCAAACUGAUGUCAUGUUAGUGAACAUCCACAUACUCACGCGUUUGUCAACAGUCCAACUUCAGUAUGAGCACUUCGGGUCCUCCCCUGAAAAAGAAGAGCUACAUGGGGCGGCACCAGAUCAAGAAGAAGAAAGGUUUCCAGGCUCCUGAUGAACCACCAGACGGAGACAGACUGUUGCCGAAAACCCAUUACCUAUCAGGCAAAACAAACAUUAGCAAAGACAGCCUCUUGGAUGGAGGAGCUCUUUUUCCACUGGGAGAAUCCACAUUCGCUCUUGAUGAAGAGAUGCUGCAGGUGUUGGAUGCUGUUGACUCUGUGCAGCCUGCAGCUAGAAAAGCUUGUCCAACAACAGUAAACAGGGAUGCACACCCUGCAUCAUCAGCUGUUUUUGCCUUCUCAGGAGCUGACAGAGCUCCUCAGUCCACAGGCCAAGGACCCCACAGAGACCCCAGCACCCAGGAGAAAGUCUGUGGGCGUAGUGGGGAUUGUAAGAGACCAGAAUGGAGAGCUGAGUGCAAAGACCUUGCACAGAGGCUUCUCUUCAGUGAGGACUCCGAGGAAGUGGAGCAUGCUCAGAGGGGCCCAGAGAACAUUCAGCCAUCACAACCUUCUGCCUGCAUCAAUGGGUUAUCCAGUAAGCAAGUAGGCAGCUCCACCAAACAGACACUUACACCCAGAAGAAAAAGCUCUCCUCAUAGAAAAAACAAACGUGUGUCAAAUAAAAAUGCUGAUCAACCUCUGGAUGUAUCCAGGGAAUACAUCUUGUUCAGCCCAACCCGUCUCACAGCUGCCAUAAAGAGAGCAAAACUCCAGCCGUCAUUCCAGAAUCAGUCUGCCUCUGUGCUCACAGUUCCCACUGGCUUAGACCUUAGUACUCUCAGUGACACUUUACUUCAGCCAGGCAUUGCCUUGUGUGCCCCUGCGGGGCAAGCCGAAAAGCUGCUGUUAUGCAGUUGGGGCUUACCUAAGCCUGUCCUGGAGCGCUACCAGAAACACGGAGUGACUCACAUGUUUGACUGGCAGGCUCAGUGCCUCACCGUUGGACAGGUGCUGCAGGGAGGUAACCUGGUGUACUCUGCCCCCACCAGUGCUGGAAAAACUCUGGUGUCAGAGCUGCUGAUGUUGAAGCGUGUGUUGGAGACUAAAAGAAAAGCUCUCUUCAUUCUGCCAUUUGUCUCUGUGGCUAAAGAGAAGAUGCACUACCUUCAGAGUGUAUUUGAAGAGGCAGGAGUUCGUGUGGAUGGAUAUAUGGGCAGCACAUCAGCUGCUGGAGGGUUCACAGCACUGGAUGUGGCUGUUUGCACCAUAGAAAAAGCCAAUUCUCUUGUUAACAGACUCAUUGAAGAGGACAACAUGGAUCUACUAGGUAUGGUGGUGGUGGAUGAGUUGCAUAUGGUUGGAGAUUCUGGAAGAGGAUACCUACUAGAACUGCUCUUAACCAAAAUCCGCUACAUUGCGCAGAAGCAAAACACCACUGGGUCUCUUUCUGAGGGUGUCCAGAUCAUAGGAAUGAGCGCCACCUUGCCUAACCUCUCCCUCCUGGCUAGUUGGUUAGGUGCAGAGCUUUACCAGACAGACUACAGACCCGUACCCUUGCAGGAGCAUCUCAAGGUGGGCUGCAAUAUUUACGACAAGAGCCUCUCUGUGGUCCGGCAGUUCACCCCUGCACUCCGAGUUAAGGGGGAUGAUGACCACAUAGUGAGCUUGUGCUAUGAGACUGUGAGAGAGGGCCGCUCUGUGUUGCUGUUCUGCCCCUCGAAGAACUGGUGUGAGAAACUGGUAGACAGCAUCGCCAGAGAAUUCUACAACCUCAGACAUACAGAUUGUCAUGGCGAAGCAGAGCCACAGCCGGUGUGUCUGGAUCGAGAGGGAUUAGUGGAUGUUGUAGCCCAGUUGAGACGUACUCCAGCUGGUUUAGACCCUAUCCUCCAGCGAACUGUGCCAUGGGGGGUGGCCUUCCACCACGCCGGUCUGACAUUUGAUGAGCGUGAUGUAUUAGAGGGAGCUUUUCGUCAGGGCAUGGUCAGAGUCCUGGCCGCCACCUCUACCCUCUCCUCAGGGGUUAAUCUCCCAGCUCGCAGGGUCAUCAUUAGAACCCCUACCUUCAAUGGACACUUGUUGGACCCACUAACGUACAAACAGAUGGCUGGACGAGCGGGCAGAAAAGGGGUGGACACCACAGGUGAGAGUGUGCUCGUGUGUAAGGAGGCAGAGCGUCAGAAAGGUAUUAGUCUCCUUACGGGAGCUCUUCAGCCAAUAAACAGCUGCCUUGUGAGAAGGGAGGGCGAAGGCGUCACCACCAGCAUGCUGCGAGCAAUCCUCGAGAUCAUUGUCGGAGGUGUGGCCAGCACUCCACAGGAUGUGAGGUCGUACGCUUUGUGCUCACUACUGGCUGCCAGCAUGAAAUGUGAAGGCAAAAAAGAAUUAAAUGAAGAGACCAACAAAGGAGCUAUUGAGGCCUGUGUUGAAUGGCUGAUGGAGAACGAAUUUAUCACUAUCCAGAAGGACGGACAAGAGGAGCGGUACUGUCCGACUCAACUUGGUGCUGCCACCAUGUCCUCCUCCCUCUCCCCUCCUGAGGCUGUGGGAAUAUUUGCAGAUCUCCAGCGGGCCAUGAAGGGCUUUGUACUGGAAAAUGACAUGCACAUUCUUUAUCUGAUCACCCCGUUGUAUGCAGAGUGGACUACCAUUGAUUGGUAUCAGUUCUUCUGUCUGUGGGAACAGCUCUCGUCAUCGAUGAAGAGAGUAGCAGAGCUUGUGGGCGUCCAGGAAGGUUUUCUUGCACGAUCUGUCAGUGGCAAACUUGUUGCCAAGACAGAGAAGCAACGUAGACAAAUGGCUAUUCACAAACGGUUUUUCACCACUCUUGUGCUGCAGGAUCUGGUGAAUGAGGUGCCUUUGGGAACAGUUGCAUCCAAAUACAACUGCAAUCGUGGGCAGUUACAGUCUCUCCAGCAGUCUGCUUCUACAUAUGCAGGUAUGGUAACCGUGUUCUGCAAGCGUCUGGGCUGGCACAACAUGGAGCUGCUGUUGUCCCAGUACCAGACCAGGCUGAGCUUCGGAGUCCAGAGGGAGCUGGUUGACCUUGUCAGAGUUUCCCUCCUGAACGCAACACGAGCCAGAGCGCUGUACGCACAAGGCCUCUGUACUGUCGCUGAACUAGCCAGGGCUACUGUAGCUGAUGUGGAGAAAGCCCUGAGGAAUGCUGUCCCAUUUAAGAGCUCUAAGCGUGCAGUGGAUGAGAGUGAGGUGGAGGCAGCCGAGAGACGCAGCCUUCGCUGCGUCUGGGUCACUGGUGGUCGGGCCCUGACGGAACAGGAAGCUGCUGUUGAGAUAGUGUCUGAGGCAAGGUUCCUCCUUCGGGAAGACCUAGCCCAGUUAGGUGUUCAGUGGGACCCGACAACACUUCCUGGGGCUCCUGCUGUAAACGGCCCAGAUGAAACCUCAUCUGUCUCAUAUCUCAGCUCACAUGAAGCACAGGUUGAAAACAAUAAAAAUCAGCAGGAAGGAGACAGGGUCAGGAAAAGUGACAGUAGAGAUAUUGACAAACAUGGAGGGGGGAAUAAGAAAGAAUAUAAAUGCGGGAAAGGUAUCUCUGAAAUGAAAAUGGAGAAAGCACAAGGAGAAGCCAAUCGAGAGCAAGGGAAGUCCAAGCCUGAAGACACGGUAGUAAACAGAAAAUUAGACAGGACAAAGCUAGAAGUCAAACAAACAGAUAAUGAAGUGCAAGUGGAAAGAAGCAAAGAAACCAAAAACGACAAGCCAAAUAAAAAAUUAUUAAUGACAAAUGACACAGAAGAUCCAGAUGAAAAACGAGAAAGACAAAAGCACACAAGGUCAAAGCAAGGAGGGGAAGAUGGGAAGAAAGCCAAGCCAAAAGAAGGGGAGACGAGUAAAUGGGUUGCCUCAAUCAGACCAGAGAGUCAUCAAGCAAAUGGUCCUGUUCCUGAAGGGAGCCUGACACAGGACUUGGCUGAACUCAUAUCCAGCCCCCAGCUUCAACCAAUGCCACAUCCUCAGCCCUCUCCUUCCCCGAUGCCUCCUCCCCGGUUCAGAGCACCAAUAUCCCGAGUAGAAGUACACCACAGUGUUCUUACAAGGACGUCAAAAGGAGAUGGUGCCUCACCUGUGCAUCCAGGUAGACUGAAGCACUCAAAAGCCUUAAGUAAAGUCCUCCACUCUAUACAAACUGACAAAAGCCUACAAGAUAAUGUAGAGACUGCACAGACAUCACACUCAAAACCUUUGGUGGUUUCUACAGUCCAAAAUGUAGCGCCUGCAGGCCAGAUGUCUACAACUGUUCAAGCUCCCGGCACUGUGCUAGAAACCUCUACAAAUGCAGAUAUGUUAGACUCUCCCCUGACCGUUUCGUCUGCCUCCAUUCCCUUAUUCUCUCCUGAGGCCAAGCGACGAAAAAUGGACUGCGGAGAGGUAGAUACGUUUUCAUCUCCCGAGCUGUACGCUGGAGAUGAGAGAGAUAAAGAAGCAGAGGGAGAUGUUAAAAACAGAGAAGAGAGUUUCGGUGACAGCUUUGAAUUGGACACCCAGACCGAAAGAAUCAUUGUUCAACAGGCAUGCCAACACAGAGAUGGGAAUGGUAGAGGUACAAAUCCAUCGGUAGGAACAAAGAAGAUAAGAGAGGAGGAAAUGGUAGAAGCAGCUGUAGAGAUCAUUAAGGACAUAAAUGAUGGAAGUAACUGUCCUAAAGCCACUGACAACGCAUGUCCCAGAUUUAACAUUUCUCUCACAUAUAGCCAGAUGGAGCUCAUCCUUAACACCAGCCACCAGAUUUCUCCUGGUCCAGGUGUUGAUAAUGAAGUUGAAGAUAAAGAUGAAAGUGGUGAUGAGGAUACCAAUCGGGCUGCCUCUGAGAGUGUUAACAGAAGCAGUAGCUUCCUGUUUGACAGCCUGUAUGACAGCUCUCUACUGGCUGGUCUGAGCCCACACCAGGUCCUCGACCAGUCGGAUGAACAGGAGCCUGUUGACCAAGAGAUCAGAGACCCUCUUCCGUCGACCCAGGAGCGAAGACGCAGUGAGCUUCUCGCCAAUCAGGAGGCGGAAAAGCAGGAGGCAGUCCAAUGGGGCGAGUCCUCCUUCAACCUGUCAGAGUGGGGAGACUCGCUGCUGGUGGGUGAACACUUUCUGGAAAGGCAGAGCUUGCUCAAAUACACAGAGAAAACUCAAGAAGCAAGGAAACCCAACGCAGACCAUGUUUUGCCUGAGGAACAGCUGUCAGAAUCUCAACUUAAACCCAGUCAGAUACAGCCACAACCCACCACUACUUCCACAACUCAACAUGAGCAUGACAGGCAUAAAGCCAGUAAUAAUCAAGGCCAUACACACACAAUGAAACAGCAUAGUAAUGCACAUGACAAUAAACCAGUCGGGAGAAAGGAAACUAUGAAUGAAGAGGGUGAAAAUGGGAAGCAAUUAGAGACAAAAGUACAGAAAGAGGAAAUUAAUGCUUUAUUGUCAGAUAAUGAUAAACCCCCUCAAGUCCAAAAUGCACCUGAAAGCUCUUUUUAUUGCAGCCCUGGUUUGCAAGAGAUUUUUGACCGCUGGCCUAGUAUGUCUGACCAGCCCUGGCAAAACACCACAACAAGCCAAACAGCCACUCAUACACUCAUCAAUGCUGCAAAUCUAGCAGAAGUUCCAGAUCUACCUCAGCCCUCAAUGCAGUUGGACAGAAAAGUUGGAAAGACAAAUGUGCAGACUGUUGCUGCUGAGAGUGAUUCUCGAGAGGAACAACUAUCAAGACUUGACAGUGAGAACAUAACGGAGAGACCAGGCUCCGCUGGUGACCUUAUUCCCCCAACUCAGGAAACGACACCUGUCACACCCAGAGUAAAACUGACGACCUCAUCUGUCCAAUCACCUCUCAUCGCUCAGCCACUCAACCAAUCAACUCCUUCAACCCUCCUGCCACGGAAACCCGCAAUCACAAAAUGUCCUAAAUCUCGUCCAGGAAACCGUAAUCAUAUAUUAGAAGCGGUUGCUGACACUGAACAGCCUAACUCUACAUCAGAUUGCAGCCACCAACAGCAGCUGGUACCGAAACCAAAGACUGUUCCACGCUUAAGUUCAAAAACAAAACCCCUGCUACACACCGACCAGAAUCUUCGCGCUCCCCAAGACCGUGCCUCUCCAUCCUCCCCCAGGCCCAAGCUUCCCUCUGAUGCAGAAUCACCUGUGACUGAUGAGGGCUUCAUUCUUCAGCUGUCCCAGGAUGCACCACUCUGUUCCAGCAACUCAGGGACAUUCUCCAUCAUAGACGUGGCAAGUGACAGGCGCCUCUUCAACACUUUCAUUAAUGAGUGGAAAACAAAGGAGCGGUACUCUGUGGCUUUAGCCUGUGAAAAGAAGGAGCACAGACACCAGCCUGAUGAGGAAAUAGGAGGGAAACAUAAAAGAGCGUCAGCAACUAAUCAGGAGCUCCACAGGGCCAAUGGUUUUCCAGUAGGAGACAGUGAUGGACUGGUGUUGAUUGGCCUGUCUGUCUGCUGGGGAGCAAGAGAUGCAUACUACAUUUCUCUGCAGCAAGAGCAGAGCAAAGGUUUGAGUUCCAGUCUGGCCCCGCCUCCACUGGAUGAUGAUUUGCCGGUGAGUGAGAGGCUGCGGCUGGUGAAGACCUGUCUGAGCGGGCCAGCGGCUGGUCAUAGAGGAGGUGUGGUUGUCACGUAUGACAUCAUACAGGUGUACAAGAUGCUAGUCCUAAGCUGUAGCAUCAGCUUGGAGGGAAACUGUGAAGAUCCCAAGGUUGCGUGCUGGCUUGUGGACCCAGGCAGUGAGGAGCGGACUCUACCCAACAUGGUGACUGUCUACUGUCCCGAAGAGUUACCUCUGCUGGAUGGACUUGGGAACGCGCUUGCACACUGUCCUCGUGUUAGGGCAGCGACCAAGAGCGUGCUUAUACACUCUGUCAUGAACCAUCUCACUGGCCUGUUAGAGAAGGACGGCAUGCUUGACUUAUUCAGGAGCAUUGAGAUGCCCUCCCAGGUGUCUUUGGCUGUGUUGGAGUUAAAUGGAGUGGGCUUCAGCGUUGAAGAGUGUGAAAGACAAAAACAUGUGAUGCAAGCCAAACUCACCGCGCUGGAGUCUCAGGCUUACAACCUGGCCGGGCACAGCUUCUCUCUCACCAGCAUCGACGACAUCGCACAGGUGUUGUUUUUAGAACUACACCUGCCUCCAAACGGUGACGUAGGUGGAUUGAAAAGUAAGAAGACCCUUGGCUACACCAGGAGAGGUGGGGGCAGAGUACGACUUGGAAAGCAGUUCAGCACCACCAAGGAAGUUCUGGAGAAGCUUCGCCCCCUCCACCCGUUGCCAGGUGUUAUUCUGGAGUGGAGGAGGAUCACUAAUGCUUUGACUAAAGUGGUGUUCCCUCUGCAGAGGGAGAAGCAAUACCACACCACACUGGCCAUGGCCAGAAUAUACCCCAUCGCUCAGACACACACAGCCACAGGUAGAGUGAGCUUCACUGAGCCCAACAUACAGAAUGUCCCCAAAGACUUUGAGAUUUACAUGCCCACGGUGGUGGGGGAGAGCCCACCUUCACAAGACAGCUGCAGCAAGACCACCAAAACAGGAAAAAAGAGACGUUCUGGUGUGCCUUCUGCUGCAGCCGGCCGUGCAGAACAAGGCCCGGCCUUCUCUAUCAGCAUGAGACAUGCCUUCGUACCUUUUUCAGGCGGGAUGAUAUUGGCAGCUGAUUAUUCUCAGCUGGAGUUGAGAGUGUUGGCUCACCUCUCCAAGGACCAACGCCUUCUGCAGGUGCUGAAUGGAGGAGCAGAUGUGUUCCGCUGCAUCGCAGCUGAGUGGAAAAGCGUUGACCCAGAGUCCGUGAACGACAACCUCAGACAACAGGCGAAACAGAUUUGUUAUGGCAUUAUCUAUGGGAUGGGAGCAAAGUCUUUGGGGGAGCAAAUGGGUGUGGAGGAGAAUGACGCAGCCUGCUACAUAGAGAGUUUCAAGGCCAGAUACAAAGGUAUCAAUGGUUUUCUGAGAGAAACCGUGAAGAACUGUAUAAAGAACGGCUAUGUUCAGACUCUGAUGGGCCGUAGGAGAUACCUUCCUGGGAUCACUAAUGCCAAUACGCACACCAAAGGCCAUGCAGAGCGUCAGGCAGUGAACACAACUGUACAGGGUUCAGCAGCAGACAUUGUUAAACUUGCCACCGUAAACAUCCAGAAACAGUUACGAAAAACAUAUCCUUCAGCACCACUCUCUCACAAGCACGCACACCCAGGCGGCAAUUACCGCAGGGUCGGGACGUCUCAACUCAGAGGGGCCUACUUCAUCCUGCAGCUGCAUGAUGAGCUCAUCUAUGAAACCACAGAGGAAGACCUCAUACAGGUUGCUCAGAUUGUCAAGAGGGAGAUGGAGUCGGCAGUAAAACUGUAUGUAAAGCUUAAGGCCAAAGUUAAGGUGGGACCCAGCUGGGGCAACUUGCAGGACCUAGAUAUAUAAUGUGAAUGUUUUGAUGUUUUAUAUUGACAUAAAAUACAUGCACUCAUUGCUUAAGAUAAUACUUCUGUACCAUUUGGACUAAAAUAUUUUUUUAAUCACUACACUAAAAUUAAAUGUAAGUUAAAUACAUGCCUACGAGUACAUGAGCUCUAAAUGAACUGACUGUAUUUAUAAUUCUAUUUACCGGUGUACAGUGUAAAAAAAGUAUCCUUUUUUUUUUUUUUUUAAGUAUGGAAUUUUAUUUACUGUUAUCCCAAAACAUGUCAAGACUUUAUGCAACAUUUUUUGUAAUCUAACAGUGUAGUAACUUGACAUUUGUCUUUUCUUUCCUCUUUUGAAACUUUGAAAUCCUGUGCCUGCAACAAUUAUUUUUAUUGACUAAUGUGCCGAUACAUUUUUUCAUGAAUUCUUUACUCUGUGAAAGGUCAAAAUUGUGAAAACAUUCCCUUAACAACUUCCCAGAGCCCAAGGUUAUGUGUGCAAAUGUCCUUGUUUCAUUAAAAAAAAAGAAAAGAAAAAAAGAUAGGCAGUUAAUGAUUUAAUCACAUAAAUGCAGCUAAUCCUCACGAGAUGCUGGAACUGGAGAAUUUCUGGUGUUUUUUCACAAUUUUUGCUUGAAAGAAAUUAAAUGAUUAAUCUACCAAUCAUUUUUUUCAAAUCAAAGUCGAUUAUUUUUCCAUCAAACAAAUGGUUUUAGCUCUACUAUGAUGCAUUCAAAACAAAGACAGACCAGCUUUAGUCUUAAGGACAACCUGAAAGCUCACAUUUUAUUGGACCAUUAGUAGAGUUGUCUGUCACAGGAACAUACAUCAUUAUCAUUGUCACGUUAACAUUGUUUUGUUUAACACUUAUGACAUUCAAUGCACAAGAAGUGUUAAUAUGAUACGACAUUUUCUGUGCAAAGCGACCUCUAGUUAUGGGAAUAGAAAUGAGACGUGGUAGAGGAAGCAAUGUUGUGUGACUGUAGCCUUAAUUGACCCCUUAGUAGGCUAUCUUCAGGUGGAACUUCAUAAUACAAAAAAACAUUUUUAAAUGAUUCCAUUCAAAAUUACACUGACCUUGCCAAUAUAAGCCAAUGCAUACUGUAUAGACUCUGGAACAAAGUAAGAAGAAUGAUUUACUUUAACACUUCAAUUAACCAGUGCACCAUGACACCACAGAGCUUUUCAACACGGGCUCA